GUAUGUUAGAGGAGUUGUGGGGGUGUGAUGCCACAACCUGCUUAUAAAGGGGCUCGCACGUUGUGGCUCUAAAUCAGUCCAUAUCGCCUCAUUUUGUGGGUCAGACAGCACGCUCGCCCAGUCGCAUACAUGGAGCUCUCUAACGUAGUGAAGAUCCUUCAGCUUGCCGAGACUCCUCUCUACUGGGUCGGUGCAGUCACCACGGCCUCGCUGGCGCUGUGGCUCCUCUACCACAUCAUCUCCGGCUUCAGGAUAUGGGUACUAGGAAAUGGAGAUUUUCUGUCACCCAAAUUGGGGAAAUGGGCAGUGGUAACAGGAGCCACAGAUGGAAUUGGGAAAUCCUAUGCGGAGGAGCUUGCUCGACGAGGAUUCUCCAUAAUGCUCAUCAGUCGAUCACAGGAGAAGCUGGACGAUGUUGCCAAGUCCCUCGAGAGUCUGUAUAAUGUUGAGACUAAGACCAUCGCUGUGGAUUUCGGUCAGAUCGACAUUUAUCCAAAGAUUGAUGCUGCGCUUGCUGGGCUAGAAAUAGGAGUCCUUGUAAACAAUGUUGGCAUUUCCUACCCUUACCCUGAGUUCUUCCUGCACAUCCCUGACCUGGAUAAUUUCAUUAACACGAUGAUCAACGUCAACAUAACUUCAGUGUGUCAGAUGACUCGUCUGGUUUUGCCCAAAAUGGAAGCUAGAGCAAAAGGUGUUAUUCUUAACAUCUCCUCUGCUAGUGGCAUGUACCCAGUUCCCCUGCUCACUGUCUAUUCCUCUACCAAGGCUUUUGUUGACUUCUUUUCCCGUGGACUUCAAGCAGAGUACAAUUGCAAAGGAAUCAUUAUUCAGAGUGUGCUGCCUUUCUUCGUGGCCACCAAAAUGACGAAGAUCAGGAAACCCACCCUGGACAAGCCUACUCCUGAGCGUUAUGUAGCUGCUGCGCUAACCACUGUGGGGCUACAGGACCAGACCAAUGGUUAUUUCCCCCAUGCAGUCAUGGGAUGGGCGACCACUGUCCUAGUUCCCAUCAAACUGGUCAUUUACUUUGGCAUGCGCAUGAACAAGGCUCAGCGUGGUGGUUACCUCAGGAGAAGAAAGCUGAGAUAGCUUGUGGAUGUUGUCUAAAUGGAAAUGACAAACCAUAUCCAAAGUGUCCUUCCCUUCCUGUUGGCUUAGUAUGGGUAUGACUGCCUGACCUUUUUUUUUUUUUUGUAUCAGUGUUUGAGAAGAUCUGUGUCGAGACUCUUGUAUUGAAGAUGUCUCCUUAGACGAGCCUCGAUGUUCUUGUAAGAACUACUGAUCACAGAUGUCACACUGACAUGUAGAAUGAAGUAGUUCAAACUGGGCUUUUAAAUUGGUGAGCAUUUCUCAUUUGGCUUGUGUGGGGAUUUUUUGUUUUUGGGGGGAGAAUGGGUGUGUAACUUAUAACCAACAGGGUCUAAAGAGUGUUGCAUUGGUGCAUAGAGGUCUGUUUUCACUGCUGUUCUAAGCAGACGGUAUUUAAUUGGAGAUGGGUUUCAUAAACAUGUUUUCCUGUGUAUAGAAGCCACAUGUGCACCUGAUGAUUUUGCUCACUGAUGCCAGUUCCCUGUAAUCUUUGUUUACAAUGAAAGUGAAAUUUAUACAUUUGUCUUUUCCUUGAUUUUUUUGGAAUGACCAUAUGAAUCAUGACCUUUUUUUAAACUUGUUUUUUCUUUACAUUUUGUACAAUUUAUUAUUUCAUAGUAUUUAUGAAAUUGGUGAUGGGCUUUUGGUGUUUUAUAAAUGUUUACUAGAUAUCUUCAAUGGUGCUUUUUUUUAUUAUAUUGAGCCAUGAUGGACACACUGUUAAUCUCUAAUCUUUCAGAAUGAUGUGCCUUACCGAAAUAUAUGGAAAUUUGAUAACUGUUAAUGGAGAUCUCUACCAGCUGCUAUUCUGUCUCCAACUUAGCAAUGCACUUACUGACCUUUUUUUAGAUCUUUCAUCAGAAUGAACAUAUGUCUUUUUGUUUGUUUUUUUUAGGGGUCAAUUUAGGGGUCUUUCUAUGGCCUAGAUCUCCAUUUGACACUUGUUGAACUAAAACCAGUCAAAUGAAAGCGCUCAGGUGUUUGAUUAUUGCUGGUUGUGUCACAGGGAAAACUUGAAUUUUUACAUUCCAAAAAAUAAUUAGGCACUGAUUUAUGAUGUGCCUUUUUUCCACCAAAUCAUGAUUUGUAUGUUAAACUUACAGCUUGUCUAUUUUUGAAUAAAGAUCUGAUUUUACUCUG